CAAAAUCGUGCGACAGAACCAGCGACUAUAUCGUUAUACUAAUAACCGGAGUCAGCGGGUGUGUACGAGGAAAAGCGGGGUAGUACAACAUCAUCCUGAUCCUAUCCCUGAAGCUCCGGAGGGCAUUACAUACACAUAGUUCAUCGAUGGCGGUGCCGCUGUUUAAUCUCGCACCCGAUAUGUCUGUCUCAAGACUCUGCUUAGGGACGAUGACAUUUGGGGAGCAGAACUCGUUGCCUCAGUCUUUCCAGCUUCUCGACAAAGCCUUCGAUUCCGGCAUCAAUUUCUUUGAUUCAGCCGAAAUGUAUCCGGUACCGCAGCGUGCCGAAACUCAGGGGAGGAGUGAGGAGUAUCUCGGACGUUGGAUUCGGUGCCGGAAUAUUCCACGCGAUCGUGUAGUACUUGCUACUAAGGUUAGUGGGCCAUCAGGGCAAAUGACUUGGAUUCGUAACGGGCCACAAAGUCUGGAUGCUUGGAAUGUAGCUGAGGCCCUUCACGAUAGUUUGUUGCGCCUACAAACAGACUACAUUGACUUGUACCAACUUCAUUGGCCUGACCGCUAUGUCCCUAUGUUUGGAGAAACUGAGUAUGACCCAGCUCGAACCUUUCCCUUUGUGAGUUUUGAGGAACAACUUACUGCUCUAGACAAAGCUAUUACUGCUGGUAAGAUAAGGUACAUUGGGCUAAGUAAUGAGACGCCAUAUGGUCUCAUGAAGUUCCUACAUGUUGCUGAAGGUCUCUCUGUCAAUCAUAGCAUAGUUUCUGUGCAGAAUUCUUAUAACCUACUUUGCCGAAAUUUCGAUUCGGGGAUGGCUGAGUGCUGUCAUCAUGAGAGGAUAAGCUUAUUGGCCUAUAGCCCAUUGGCAAUGGGCAUCCUCUCGGGGAAGUAUCUCUCACUUGGUGGAGGUCCAUCUGAUGGUCGUCUGAAUCUUUUCAAAGGGAGGUAUGCUGAAGGGGAGUCAAGAUACAAUCUGUCCAAUGUUAUCAUUAGAAAAGCCACUGAAUUAUAUUUUUCCAUUGCGAAAAAAUAUGGCAUUCAUCCUGUAUCUCUUGCAAUAGCUUUUGUUUUGAGACACCCUCUCGUUGCGAGCGCUGUUUUUGGAGCAACGAAGCUGUGGCAGCUCCAAGAUGUCCUUGAUGGUUGCAGUGUCCACCUCACACCAGAAAUAGUGGCAGAAAUUGACAAGGUUCAUUCAGCAUUUCCCAGUCCUUGUCCCUAAUGUCAAGCUUUGUGCAGGGCACCCCCUUUGCCACCCCGCCAUCUCCAUUGUCCAGAAGCUUCUCCACUCUCUUGUACGAUGAGACUUCGACCUAAUUUUGUCAUUUCAUGAAAGAUUCAGGUUAACAAAUGCAUAUACUCGAUGCUUCCUUAAUUUGAACAAGAGAAAACUGUGUCAAUGCAGUUAUUGGGUUUUACAGAAAGCCACAGAACUA